AUGUCCGUCUCAGUGGAUGCAGACACCGGAGUGACUGUUGUUACCAUAGCAACGGACAAUCGGAGCAUGUUAGCACAAUGGCGUCAGAUCGUCAGGGCUCUUUCCUGCGGUCCAUCAUGGCGGUCAGCAACCAAAGGGAGCAGCGUGGUCAGAGCUCUCGGGGUGAGAGGAACUUAAAGCCUUUAAAGAAUGAGUUUCUGAAGAGUAACACCGUAAAGAAAAACGUUUUAAACGUUUCGCAGACUGUGCAGAUCAUGGUCGGCGUGUUCAACGUUGGACUCGGACCAGAACGUGUAGAAACGUUUCCUUACUGGCUGGGAGUUCCUUUCAUGGCAGCCGGAGUUUUGUCUCUUCUUGCAGACAGAUUUCCUCUCCGCUGCCUGACGGGCUUUUCCGUCUUUCUCAACAUAGCCGGAUCCAUCCUCUCCAUUGUGGCCAUUGUGCUGUAUGCAGUACAUUUGGCCAGCUUCACUGUCAUUGGGAUGUGUGGGAUCCUGGAUGAAACAAACUCCAAAAACUGCAUAUUCUUGGCUAAUUUAGCUCAGAAACUGCUGAGAGGCGUGGACAUCACCAUGAUUGUCAUGUCGGUCCUCCAGCUCUGUGUCUGCAUCAGCCUCGCAGUCCUGGGCAACAAGGCUUUCUACUACAGGAGGAAAGAUGUCAAAGAUGUUGUGAUCCAGCAGCCAUUGGUUAAAGAUGGUCACAUGACCAGUCCUGGAGCCUAAAUCUAACUAAUCUGGUAAAACCAGGGAGAAACCAAAAGGGGGACAAAGGGUGCCCUGUCCCUCUCAAACACCAUCAAGCUUCAGAGAACUGCUGCUUUAUUAAACUUUAUUUGGAUUGCAAUUAUUAUGAAAAUGCAAAAAUAUUAAUGAAAAUAGUUCAAAGAGUCUCUAAUCCUGAGAGACAUUCUGUCUUUCACAAAUAUAUUACAAAAAUAGCUUUAUGUUAUGUAUUUAAAAAUGAUUAGACCCUAAAAUCUCCAAAAUAUAGAUGCAACAAAAAACAGAAAUAUUUUUGGUCUUUAAUUUUUGGGUUAAAAUUAUUUGCACUAUCAUGGGGAAAUGAUUAAAGUCAUCAAAAUGUAAUUUUUAAGUGUAUUUUUUAAAAUUAAAAUGUUUUUAAAAAGGAUUGGUUUCAGAAAAAGUUAAUUGAAAACUUUGUAUGUCUUGAUAUCCAUAAAUGCAGGUAGAAAUCAGGUCUUUCCUUUAAUUUUUGUUUUCUUUUCUAGAUUUGUUAAAUUGUGAAUUACUGAUUAAAAAUAUAAAAAUGUU